AUGGCAUCAGUCCUCCAGAAGCAGAAAGGCGCAUUGCGCAAGGCGAUGCGCGUCAUGCUCGCCAGCCUCUCGCCAGAGGAGAUACAGGCACAGUCGGCCCAGAUAACGACCACGCUCCUCGCGCUUCCCGAAUUUCGCGCGAGCCGCGCCGUCAGCUGCUUUCUCAGCAUGCCCCCUCCGGCCUGCGAGGUCGACACCUCGGCGGUCGUCGCCGCGGUCCUCCGAACUGACAAACGCCUCUACGUACCCAAGAUGACGGACACCGCCCGCGGCCGCAUGGACGUCUUCCGGAUCUUCGACGAGCCCGACCUCGCCGCGCUCCCCCGCGGGCAGUGGGGCAUCCGCGAGCCUGAGGCUGAGUAUUUGGGCCAAGCCCGUCCGGCCGGCAUCGCGUUCGAUCGAUCGCUAUCGCGCCUCGGGUACGGCAAGGGCUACUACGACCGCUUCCUCGCGGCGUACGCGCAGGGCGGCGCGGGGCGACCGAAGCUCGUCGCGCUCGCGCUGCGCGAGCAGAUCCUCGUGGAGGGCCAGGUCCCGGCGGGCGAGCUCGACUGGAGGGUGGACAUGAUCGUGGGCCCGGACGGGAUCGUGCUCCCCCGCAGUGGCUCCCCUUCCGCCAGCCCAUCUCCGCCGCCUUCCGCCACCGACGCAGCGUAG